CCACACGCCCGUCUUCACUAACCACUUGAUUCAGCUGGUGUCCAACUCCAACAAGACCCCACAGAGACCGGGUUUUGACCACAUCCGGCCCAAUACCCGCCGCUUCCCCGGGCCUGCAGGAAUCCUACCACAACAGCAGCUCCAUGGGCAGAGCCUGGAUGACAUCGUGGUGGCCAUUCCUCAGACACCUGCACAUGGGGCCGUGGCUCGACUGCCCAGUCAGAUUCCCAGCUCUCAGACUGAGGAAGAGGAUUUCAGUGGAGGUCCGUGGGCAGCGAUGAAAGCAGAGAUGGGAUUGGACGAAAGGAACUCCUCCUGUUUUCUGCACUCUUACAGCGUGGCCAUGGUACUCCGCAAGGCGGCCCUGAAACAGCUGGUGAAGAACAAGGUCCCCAACAUGGCUGUGGUACUAAAGAGCAUCCUCCACACACACGCUGAUGCCAAGGCUGUGUUCAGGGAUCCCACAGGAGAGAUGCAGGGCACAGUACACCGGCGCCUCCUAGAGGACAGACUAGGGGAGCUCAAGACGGGGGCGGUACUGCUGCUCAAACAGGUGGGUGUGUUCUCUCCGUCCCACCGUAACCACUACCUGAACGUGACACCCAACAACCUCCUGAGGAUCUACCCUCCUGACGGCUCGACCCCGUCCCACACACAGAGCCAGCUGCUCCCACUCCCCCUGGAGCCAAUGUUGGAAUCACCUGAUCAGUCCUCCAGUGUCCCAGGAGCCCCUGUGUCUCAGAUGGAGUUGUUCUAUGAUGAUGAGGAUGUUCGGGCCCCACAGGUCUCUGCAGACUCUGGUGCUGGCUCCUCUAGUGUUCCACAGGGCCCGCCUGCUGCACCACUGGACCUGUCCUGGGACGCAGAUGACCUUGAUGAGCUUCUUGGGGAGUUGCCUGUUGAGUCCUACUGCCUCUGACACCUGCCCACCUACCCCUUAUGGACAAGGUACAUUUAUACAGGGGAGAUGUAGGACAACUAAGCUGCCACUUACAUGUGAAUUUGAGUUUGGCUCAUUCUGACCGCAUGUUGGAUGCCUUUCUACCUGAUUCCCCCAGAGAAUCUUGUCGCCUGAAGUGCUGUCAUUUUGUGUUUGGUGUGCUGUGACCGUUAAUCGCACCAUUAUAAAUUGCAUGUCGGCCGUGUGGGGGGAAAAACUCUGAGAUGUUGGGAACUGGGACUGUCGCUCCCGCAUCUCCCCAAUUUGAAUGAAGCUUCACUACCCAUACUGCUACGGGUACAUCCCAUACUGCUACGGGUACAUCCCAUACUGCUACGGGUACAUCCCAUGCUGCUACGGGUACAUCCCAUGCUGCUACGGGUACAUCCCAUGCUGCUACGGGUACA